CAAACAGAAGCCAGAGCUUUUAUCUUUACAUGCUGAAAUGAGAGAGCGCUUGGAAAAAGCUUUCUACAAAGCGGUAUAAAAAGUAAAUGGGGCCCAUAAUAGAGCCAUAUUAGAAUCGUUUUCGGUGGGUAACUAACACAAAAUGUCGAGCUCGGGAAUAGUACUGUAUGGAACAGAUUUUAGUCCCUGUGUGAGGUCCGUUCGACUGACGCUCAAGGCCCUCAAUUUGGACUACGAAUUUAAAGAGGUGAAUCUCCAGAAGGGCGAGCAUAUAAGCGAAGAAUACCUGAAGAAGAACCCCCAGCACACGGUGCCCGUACUGGAUGAUAACGGAACCAUUCUCUGGGACUCCCACGCCAUCGCCACCUAUUUGGUGGAUAAGUACGCCAAAUCGGACGAGCUGUAUCCCAAGGAUCUGGUCAAGCGGGCGAUCAUCAAUCAACGCCUGUUCUUCGAGGCCAGCGUUACCUAUCCAGGAUUAUCCAACAUAGUCCGUCCCUUCUGGUUUAGCGGUGUUACUGAGGUGGCUCAGGAGAAACUGGACACGGUACACAGGGGUCUCAAGUUGCUGGAGUCCUUCUUGGCAAGCAGUCCAUAUCUGGUGGGUGAUUCCCUGACCCUGGCCGACCUAAUCAGUGGACCCACAGUCAGUGCUCUUCGCGCUGCCGUCGACAUCGAAACAGUGGAGUACCCCAAGGUCACUGCCUGGCUGGAUCGCCUUAAUCAGACCCCUUACUACGAGGAAAUCAAUGAGGGGCCGGUUCAGGCCUACGUCAGCUUCCUUCGCAGCCAGUGGACCAAACUUGGUGCCUGAGUAAUCUUCUAGAGGAAAAAAGACAUCAUCCAAUUUUAAGACCACUGUGUAGCGUUGAAACAUACUAGUUAUUUAGAGAACAGUUUUAAUUUAUUUUUUACUUUAAGUCAGUUCUCCUGUUCUAAGCAUACAAUAUACAACAAAAAUUGUUUAAUCAAUCUA